UUUUCCCGAUAGUUGGUUCCAACUUGGUUAGUCAGUUAUCGAUAGACGUGGCAGGUGCUUUUGUUAUCGGUCACACCAAACACAUGUUUGCAAACAAACAUAUGCUCACCGUCGCCAAAAAAAGGAAAAACAUUUCCGAGUUUGCGGACCGAUCCGCUGGAGAACCGCGCUUUGGGGCGAACCAGAUUGACAGCCCCUCGCACUGGGCAUUGAAAUAGUAAUAAUAAUAAUAAUAGAGGCUAGAUCUCGUGUCCAGUCCCCGGCUUAAUUAAAAAUUUAUUUGUUGUGAUGCGGCCGCCACUGGGGGUUCCAUAGUCGCGUAGACAGGGUUCCAGCCUCCGCCGUCACCUCCUCUUCCUUCCCUUUCCAAAUCUUAAUUAACCGGAGACAUUGAGCAUGCUAAUAUUAAUUGGAGGCAAUCAAUGUGCCUGAGACCCUCGAAUCGAACGGAACGGAAGCGAGAUCCCCGAGGAAGCAGUAACCACAUCCACAUCGAAAUUCCACGUUCGCAAUAUACUCAAAUUCGAUGGAGGAGGAACGCAACGAGAAAAUGGUGCUCUGCGAGAAGAUCAUCAGGGACAUCAAUGCGGUGUUCCUCAAGGAUCAGGAUCUCGCCUCCUUUGAAAUUAUACCUAAGGAAGCCAACUGCAACAAAUCGCCGGUUGUGCAUGUGGAGCACAAUCUGGGCCUGGAAUCGUGGUGUGCCCAGCAUGUCUACGACCACGCCCACCGCACCCUCAUCUCCCACCGCCGUCAAACCACGGCGCAACAGCUGCGGACGCUGCAGCAGCAGCAGCAGAGCGACUCCCUGGCCAAAUACCUAAACGUGGCUCUGCUGAUCAAUCCCGAUGUGACCACCUUCUGGCACAUUCGCCGCCAGUUGGUGCAAAAGAAUCGGCUGAGCAUCAACAAGGAGCUGCAGUUCUCCGCACUCGUGCUCUCCAUCAAACCGAAGUCCAAUGAAGCAUUCGCCUACCGCCGUUGGUUGUACUCAUUUCAAAGUGCCGAUGCUAUUGACUGGCCCAAUGAGAUCGGGAUAUGCGAAAGGGCCGCCGAUAGGUGCGCCAGCAACUACCACGCCUGGUCGCACCGCCAGUGGAUCCUCCAAAACGGCCCCUGUCUGCUGCAGUCGGAACUCCUACGCACGGAGAAGUUUAUGCGCAAGCACAUCAGUGACUACAGCUGCUACCACUACCGCCAAGUGCUCCUGAGUCGUGCUUAUGAGCUCAACUUUGCCCUUCCCAACGAUUCCGGAGCCAGUGGCUCAUCUCCAUUCGCCAGUCUGCAGCAACUACUGGCCAGCUAUGGCCUGGAAUGUGAGGCUAACGCCGAGGAACUCCAGCAGUUCUUGCUGCCACAUGUGGACCUGAGUUCCGUGAGCAACCAAAAGCUAAAAUCAUUUCUUUACUGCUGCAACGUGGCCGCCAACGAUAUGCGGCUGUGUGUCGAGCAGCGGUUGAUGUACGGAUCGCGGGACUGCUUCGAGCUGCAUCGCCGAGCGGCCCUCAAGUUCAUCGUGGAGCAGUGCGUUCGCCUGCAAAUGGGCUUGCCCUAUGGCUCACUGUUGCCAGCUGCGUCAGGCGAUCUGCGUCCGCACUUGAGCAACUUCGACUUCGAGAAGCAUCCGUUUCUAAGUGCCGUGCGGCGCAAAGAGUCCGCCCUGGGCGGCAAGCACCGGCGCUGGUGUAAUCUUCACCUCAGCUUUGCAUAUCCAGCGGAUUAGACAGCGCGACCUGAAAAAGCUCAAAUCAAUCUACCCCAAUAGAAUUACUCACUCCCGGCCUUUUCGUUUACCAUCCGUUUUGAAUUGUGGCAAGUGUAUAAAUACGUUGCAAAGUAUUUGAUAUAUUUCCUACCUGAUUAUCGCCCUCAAAAAACAGAAUGUUUUGAAAAAUACUUGAUACGAAGACGAUUCUAAACGGACUUGCAAACGGAAAUGGUUCCAAUCUAUAUAUUAUAAAUGUGCGACCCAAAGACAAAGUUCAACUAGCCCGACAUGACAACGGAUCUCACUGGUCCGCCAAUUGCAUUUCGAUAUCUAUUAGCGUUAACUGUUCGUUUCUGUUCUCAGUCUGAACGGGCAUGAUUUGUUAGCCCUUUGUUCGGAAGUACAACUUAACCGAUUAUCGCCAUGCCAUGCACGUGUUUGUUGUUAGCCAAUUGCAGUUAGUUUUUAAAUAAAUCCAACUCAUAGAUGACAAA